AUGCGGGGAAUCCCGGAGGAGGAAAGGCGAUGGCACAGGUCCCAGUGGCCCAAAGAGCCCAAGCCGAGACCCAAGGCAGAAAAUGCGACAUCGCCUAAACUUCCGGUGCCGCAGGGGGACGUCCUGCCUGGACGGCUCACUGAGGUGGAGGCGGCAAAGCUGAGGGCUCGCGAGGAGGGUGAGAAGGUGGUGGGCGACAUCCUGGAGGAGUUGGUGGACCAAGUGAUGGAUGACGUCUGCAAAUCCUAACUGGAACGGCAGUGCAUUCCGUACACCGUGAACGGGGCACGGGAGACCAUACUCCAGAUGGGCCAGAUGCGAUUCAUGCCCCGGGAUGAGGGAGAACCCCACCUGGCAGAGGACCCCACGUGGGCGGAGGACGAGGAACCCUCACCUUGCCCGACUGACACCUGGGCUCUGGGAGCCUUGCCCGUGCGGUGCGCGCCCUCCUCGGUGGAAGGGAAGACCAGCCGAGGCAAAGACAGCCCCGCCCCAGCUCCUUCCCACCUCCCGCCCCCGCCCCACCGCGUCUCUGUUCUCUUCAGGGCCUCUCUGGGCAGCUCCAACCUUAGUUCCUCUGUCUCCUGUGUCUGCAUCUGGCCAUCAGUUUUCUUCCCUCUCCCGUCUGGGGUUCCCAUCUGAGAGUUGCGUCCCAGCCCCAGCCUCCAAUUCCCUACUUUAAA